AUGCAGAAAGACUUCGAGCUCCCGCUUGUAGGCCCCAUGUCGACCACGAAGGGCGCCAACAGCUUGCUCAUAGGUGCCUUCUUAAGCGUGGACUUCUGGGUCUCGGGGUCGGGGCACAAUGCAGUGGCCGUCGAAGCCCCUGUCGCCGCGUGGAUGGUCAAGCAGGGCGGGAGGAAGGAUACGCCCGAUAUGUCGAUAACUAAGAUGAUCAUUCAGAUAAGCAUUUCACCCAGAGGCGUUGUGCCACCGCUCUCGAAAUUCAACGACGUCAGUGACUUGGCCCAGUCAUGUCCAGAAUGA